ACACCGGUGCAACUUCAGGUUUGAUAUGCAAUUUGUACCUGAAGUCGCGCCAAAUGCUAGUGCAGGCCAUAGACGGGUCGAAAAUCGGCCGAUUUUUCGGCCGAAAAUAAAAUCGGCCGAUUUUCGGAUCGUUAGUGGGCGAUUUGGUCGGCCGUUUUUCGGUAUUUUGGCCGUUUUUGUUUUUCGGUAAAGUUGGAAAAAAAUCGGCCGAUUUUGCCGAUCGGCCGAUUUUCGAAUUAUUAGUGGGCAAAUCGGCCGAUUUUUUACCAAUAAAAAAUCUGCGCAUGAGCAGUGA